GCUCAGCCCAUUCCAUGUCCGUUGACUCCGUUCUUGCUGUAUCCAUGGCCCUCCCCUCCGCCGCCGCCACAACCGCACCUCCACCUGCGGACGGGAGCAGCGGCCAGAUGAGCUCCCCGCCGGCGACGACCGUGGCCGAGGCCGCAACAGCAGGAGCCACGCCUCUCAUCGGCGGCCUCCCAGAUGAGGUCGUCAUCUGGGAUAUCCUCGUCCGCCUCGACCCCAAAUCCCUCCUCCGCUGCCGCGCCGUCCGCCGCUCCUGGCGCCGCGCCACCUCCGCCCGCGGCUUCCUCCUCGCCCAUCACGCCCGCCAGCCCUCCCUCCCCGUCCUCUACGGUUACAGCUGCGUCGGGAACGACGUCAUGUCGUUAUCCAUCAUCCCCUUGGACCACCGGUCAGGGCUCGCCGCCGACGACCAGCUCCAGCCCGUCGCGCGGCUUGGCCACGCACUCGUCCGUCCGGAGGCCUCCUGCGACGGCCUCCUCGUCCUCUCCAUCCUCGGCACCUACUUCGCCAUCUGCAACCCCACAACUCGUCAGUAUGCUCCCCUCCGUAUGAUUUCUGAGUUCAGCAUAUUGGGGAUGUACCCUCACCGGCCUACUGGCGAGUACAGAUUACUCAUGCACUCUUCGAAAACCGCGAAGCAGGCCUCGUCUGUUCUUUUUGGCCCCUGCACCAGACCGUCACCUGAAAAUCAAGUUGGCUGCUACGUCCUAGCACUCGGCUCUGGUCAGCUGCUGAGGUACAUUGAGUGUGCGGACGCCAAGGAACUGAAAUUGAGCAAUAAUUCUGUGCUAUUCCGUGGUUGCUUACAUUGGUACCCAGUGCGACAUGGAAGUGGCAACAUCAUGAUAAUGGUGUUCGACACCACAGCCGAGUCGUUCCGGCUGAUGCGCGCUCCGGUUUUUCCUGGCGGCUGUGAUGACCUGUUUGAGAUGGAUGGCAUGCUCGGCAUGUCCAGCUCUAAUAAGGCAAAGACAAUCAUUCGAAUCUGGGUGCUGCGGGAUUAUGAAAGCGAGGACUGGAUCUUAAAGUGCAAGAUUGAAUUGCCGGUUAUGGAGAUCAGGGUGCCGUGGGACAGUCACGACCAUGAAAUUUUUUGGGACGUGGUGGUCGUGCCUGGAGAUGGUGAGUUGCUUGUGUUGGUCAAAUAUGUGGGGCGGCUACUUCAGGUUGACAUGGAUGGCAAGUUGGUCACCACUUUCCACCACAAAGGUGUCCGUCCUACUCAAUUACAGCUCAAACAAAGUCUUGUUCCGCAUGCCUUCUUUCCAUCACUAGAGGGUUAUGUUGUGAACAAUUGGCCGUUCAUCUGAAUGACGUUGAGUUAGCUGGUGCUUCUUAAUGUCCUAGGUGUUUCUAUCCUCAUAUGCUGCAGUAUGUGCAAAUUGGAUCCAUCAUGAGCCUACUAGCUUCUUUGUCGAUGUAAAAAAUUAUAAUCAAGAAGCUCUGAUUGUUGCAUAGUUCUAUGAAGUGUAUGCUUUUGCUGAUACCCUUUUGGAAAGAAAGGAUUAUUGUGCGUGUCAAUGCCAAAAUUACAAGUCAUUCUGGUGUGUGUUUGUAAUAUGUGAUAACUAAUUAAUCUGCCCCAUGUAUCUAUUUUCUUGAACCGGAGAAUUGACUUUGGUUCUUUACCUAGUCCUCUAGGGGUCUUCUUGCUACUUAUUACUUGCAAUCUACCUCCCUGGUGUCUCCAUUUCUUGAACUCAAGAAUUGACUUUCCCUUUUUAUCUAGGUCCUCUUUAAUGAGAGAUUAUCUGGUGGCCUUCUUGAAAAUCAAUAUUUGGCCAUCUACAUGUGUUUCCUGUUAUUUUUUGUUCUACUUGGCAAUGAGAUGUGGCAAAUUAUCCUCUAUGUUGACUUGCAAGUUGCACCUAAGUUUUAGAAGAGCUCGGACCCCUACUCCUUGAUUAAAUGAUUGCACCAUAGGUAAUUUUCUUUAUGAAUCCACUGCAUAUGGUUAGCUAUGGAGAUUAAGCUCACCACUUAAGCAAGAGUUCAUUCUGGCAGAUAUGGUUAAGCAGUUGCUGUAGUUUUUCUUCCUAAGAAAAAAAACUGUUCUAAAACAAUGUUCUUGUUGUAACAUUAGUUGAUCUGUUGAAAAAUUGAACUGGAAGGUUAAUUUUGUGCUUCCAUGUCUUGUUCAGAAUUAUCAUACAUCAUUUCACUUUAGGUGCAAACCAUCCUAAGUAAUGCUUCAUGUAAUUGGUUCAUGGUCACAGCCAGGCUCGUGUCCCUCAUUUUGUUCCUCUGCGUAAUUGCCAUAUUUGUUCCAUGUUUAUUUUCAUCUGUAUUUAUCACCAAAUAUUGGAAUCAGAAUCGGCUUGUCUCGAGCAAAGGACAGCACCAGGAAUUAUGUGGGAAAUGCUUUUUUAGAAGUAGAAGCAAGUUACUGUAUGUAUUAUGUGCCGUCGCAAGACAACUGAUCAUUCCUUACUGCCGAUGCAUUAUGUACCAUAGCAGAGAAUUGCUCAGCUAAUCAUUCCUUACUGCAGAUACCUGGUUACAUUUUACACCAUCGGAUGCAGCAUACAAAUUCAACGUUCAGAUCCUCUCCAGGCCCUCGUGGCAAGUGUCGUACCCUGUUGGCACACAUGUGGCGAGAGCAAGUUGGGCAAAUGUGGCGGGAGAUGGCUGGGUGCAUCGGCCUCGACUUUCAGGUCGUCUCUGCAAUAAAGGUUUGGUGGCGCAACCACCGCCUUUCAAUAUGUUUUCACUUCUCUGAAUAUACCUUGGGAGUUGUUACUACUUUAUUAGUAGGAAGCAUGGCUGAAAACACUGUAUAUCAUCUAAUUGACAGCAUUAAUUUUCAGUCUCUAAGUUGAAAAUUUCCUAAUUAUUAUUUUCUGUGCUUGGAGCUACAGCUUCAGU